GGGCGGGCCCGCGUUUGAACGGAGGGACCGCCCCAGCCAUGAGCGAUAGAGCCCUCCCAGCCUGGACGGACCGACCGCCUCCCACCGGACAGACGGACGUCCCGGGAGGAUGGACUCCUCCCAUCCCGGACAGACAGACCCCCUGGGCGGAUGCACUCCUCCCGUCCUAGACAGACAGGCGGACAGAUUCUCAUUCUGGAUGGACCGAGCUCUUCCCCCCCAGCCUGGCACAGGCAGGACGACAGAGAUUGGGCAGCUGAUCAGCUCCUACCUGGGGAGGGAGAAGAACCUGGAGGACCACACCAUCCACCUGCUCUUCUCUGCCAACCGCUGGGAGCACGUGCCGAUGAUGAAGGAGAAGCUGCAGCAGGGGAUCACGGUGGUGGUUGACAGAUAUGCCUUCUCUGGAGUGGCCUUCACAAGUGCCAAAGGGAACUUUGGCCUGGACUGGUGCAAACAGCCUGAUGUUGGGCUCCCAAAGCCAGACCUGAUCCUGUUCCUCCAGUUAAACCCAGAAGCAGCAGCAGAACGAGGCAACUUUGGACAGGAACGUUAUGAAACCAGCUCCUUCCAGGAGAAAGUUCUUCAGUGCUUCUAUUGCCUCAUGGAGGACAAGACCCUCAACUGGAAGACAGUGGAUGCUUCAAAGAGCAUUGAAGACUUGCACAGAGAAAUCAAGUCCAUUGCAAAGGAAACUAUGCAGGAGGUUCAGAAUAAACCUUUGGGAGAACUCUGGAAAUGAAACUUCAUACAGGUCUAAAAGAAUAAGGGAAAGGUCACUUGGAUCUUCUGCACUUGGAUGACUGUGACAUGCCAGCAGCUUCAGCUUAGAUCCUCUGUAUUCUUUUGGGUCCAACAUGCUGCUGAUGUCCUUGUUAUCAUCUGCUCCUCCCUUCCAGCCUACAGAGUCCCUUCUGCAUUUUUGAAAUGAGCAUGCCAUGAGUGUAUAUCAAAUUCCUUGUCAAAACCUCCCUCUCCCAAGCUCCUGUUCCAGCUCCAGUCCUGGAGUGCAGAUGUGGGUGUGGAACUCAGGGCUAUCCCUGGACACAGACAGUUCCCAUUUUUAGGGAACUGCCACGUUUCUGAUCAUUCUUCCUCUCUAGAAAAUGCAUCCCCCCCACGCUCAAACCAGUUUGUAGAGGAUUUGCUAAUAAAUUACUCUUUUAAACAUUU